AUGAUCUUUGUUUUUUUUCUGAUUGUAUUGACGUUUGCAUACGUGCUCUUUAUGAGUGUGCGAAACAGAAAGGGCUCAAGGAUCGUGAAGUUUGUUGGCCCAAGAGGAUGUGGAAAAACAACAACAUUGAAUUCGCUGCUUGGAAUCAAUGGCAAAACCGUCCCAACAUUGGAAAGCUACAAGGCCAUGUAUGAAUCCAUUACAAUACACGAUGUAAUUGAAAAGGACGGGUGCUUUCUUGAGAAGUAUGGAAUCGAUGAUGUCUCGGCAACAUACUUUUUCUUUCUCAAGGACCUGAACGAUGCCUGUAAGCAUCCUGAAACAAAAGGAUUCGACAUCAAACUUGUUUAUUUCGGAUCAUGCGAUGCUAACAAAGCCAAAGAACGAAACGUCAUUGUAUUAAAUGGCAAUCCGUCGGAAAUCAAGAUCUAUCUUCCGAAUUAA